AUGUCUCCUUGUUUAUCUCUUUAUACUUGUUGGCUUCCGCGAACAACUAUCAUCCAUCGAGUUUUUCUUCGUUCAUCGUUUUCCACAGUAUCGCCAACGAAUACGUCAUCUCCGCAUGGAUCAGCCUCAGCUGCUCGUUUUUCUCUUAAAGUUGCGCGAUUUCUUUUCUCAAAAGAUGGUCUAAGACAAUCUGCGCCUCUAUCAACUCAUGCUCAUUCGACAAAAUUAGAAACUCCCGGUGAUAUUCAUGAAUUAGCACGCGACUUUGUUCUUUCACUUGAACCAGACCAUCGACGAAUACUCACAAAUGAAUUAGCCGAAGUUGAAAAAGUAUCCACAGCAACAGGCACUAAUGCAAUUCCAAUUCUUACUUCCCAAUUAGCUAUCGUUUUUCUUGAAACUGGACUUCCAUUUAUUGGUUUUGGUUUUGUUGAUAAUUUUGUUAUGAUUGUUGCUGGUGAAACUAUCGAAACAUUCUUGGGUGCUGCUUUUUGUAUUUCUACAAUGGCAGCUGCUGCUUUGGGAAAUGCUGUUAGUGAUGUUAUGGGUAUUGGUCUUGCUGAUCGUAUUGAACGAACAUGUGGACGAUUUUUAGGUGCAUUUGGAAUAAAUCCACCUAAAUUAACUCCUAGUCAAUGGGCACAACGACAAGUACGAAUAACCCAAUUAUUGAUGAAUCUUUUUCGUACAAUUUAUUCAACGAUUCGUUUGAAUCAAUCUGUAAUACUUCCUUUUGUUCGUCAAAUACAUUUAGAAUCAACACCAGAACGAUUACCGGCAUGGGAACAACCUAAAGGUGAAUCUACUGAAAUUAAACGUCGUCGUCUUCUCUAUCAGAGUCGAAAACGUGGUAUGCUUGAAAAUUGUCUUUUACUCAGUAAUUUUGCAUCAACUUAUUUACCAACAAUGAAUGCAAUUGAUCUUGAUUUGUACGAUAAAUUAAUUAAUACACCAUCCAAUGAUUGGGAUUUAUAUUAUAUGGCUAUAGGAAAAUUAGAAACACCUGACGAAUAUCAACAUCAUGUUAUGGAUUUACUAAAAAAAUAUGCUAAAAAUGAACAGAAAGAAGAACGUACUCAACAACCAGAUUUAAUACCAGUUUAA